AUGACAAAUUUUCAGAUAACAUUUUUCUCAGCAGCUCUCGAAUACGGUUGGAUUUGUGGUGCAUCCGCGUACUGGGCAUCAUUAUUUAGUCAGAUACAAUUUCUCGGUGUUCUGUUCGGUACGAUAAGUGCAGGAACAUUAUCAGAUAUUUUCGGGCGUCAUUCCUUAGCUUUAAUUUCACUCGCUUGCGGUAUUGUCGUUUCUUUUUGUUCAGGAUUAGCACCAAGCUGGGAGAUUUUGUUGGUAUUGAGAUUCUUUGUUGGCCUUUCCAUUGGUGGUACCAUUGUAGUCGUAUGUACAUAUGUGAUGGAAAUGCUUUUACCCCAGCAACGUAUGGCACUCAGAGCUUUUUUCAAUUGGGGUAUUGCGCGAUUGAUGAUGACAGCUAUAUGCUACAUGCUGCCGGAAUGGCGUCUCGCAUCAUUUGGAAAUGCUAUAGCUGCUUUACCGGCUCUCCUUAUCAUCUUCUUUGUUUUUCCCGAGAGUCCAACAUGGCUUCAUAGCAAGAAUCGUUUGGUUGAAAUGCGCGAAAGUGAAAAAAAGAUUGCACGCAUAGCCGGUAUACCAUAUAUUGAAGUGGAGCAUAAAAUGGUAGAAAAAAAUAAUCGUUUGAUUGAUGUCAUCCGACAAUCAACCUAUGCCAAACGGUUAUUUAUUUUAUGGUUAAUAUGGUUUACGGCAUCACUAUCUGGUUACGCAAUUGAUUUAAAUUCAUCACGCAUAAGUGGCAAUCUAUUCGUUAAUCAAGCAUUAUUUUCCGUCCUUAUUGCUGCUUCUAAGAUAGUAUUGGUAAUUUACGAUACAGUAAAUAAAGAUUUCAAUCGUCGUAAAUUACAUCAAUACGCACAAUUAGCUGUUUGUAUAUGCUUCCUAACGUUAACUAUCCUUGUUUAUUUUCAUUAUCAGGGUAUCGCUAUACUGGUAAUUAAUCUAAUUGGUACAAUAUUUAUCGAAUAUACAUGGGAUGCAUGUUAUUUAUGUGCGGUCGAGUCGAUGCCAACAUCGAUGCGUGCUUCUUCUCUCGGUUCAUGCUCUUUUAUUGCCAGAAUCGGCGCUUUAUUUUCACCGACGAUCUUCUUUUUGUCAAAUAUAUGGCCACCAUCGGCUUAUCUCAUCGUUGUAAUAGUUGGCCUAAUUAGUUUAAUCUCAUCAUGCCUAUUUUUGGUAGAAACAAAAGACGUUCAUCUUGACAGAGUGGAUGAAGAAAGUAUCAGCAUUCAGGAAGAGCAAAUACCAAUGGUACCAAGCAAACAGUGA